AUGGACGCCUACUCCGGGUACAACCAAAUUUGCAUGAAUCCUGAUGACGAGGAGAAGACUUCAUUUGUCACUGAUAGGGGGUUGUACUGCUACUCGACCAUGCCAAUUGGAUUAAAAAAUGCAGGGGCCACCUAUCAGUGGCUGGUCAACUGCGUGUUUAAAGGUCUGAUAGGAAGAAAUAUGGAAGUUUAUGUAGAUGAUUUGCUAGUCAAGAGUGGAGCUCCUGAACAACACCUCGCCGAUCUCUGCAAGGCUUUAGUAGUAUUACGACAAUACCAAAUGAAACUCAACCCAGUGACGGUAGACUACUUCACUAAGUGGGUAGAGGUUGAAGCAUUGGCAACAAUCACGGCAAGCAACAUCACCCGUUUCUUGUGGAGGACUGUCACCUGCAGAUUUGAGAUCUCAUCAUAUUGGACAACGAAAGGCAGUUUGAAUCUGACCACUAUCGGGAGUAGUGUUGGGACCUGGGAAUCAAAUUUUAGUACUCAUCUCCAUGAUAUCCAUAGUCCAACGGGCAAGUCAAAGCAACCAAUGAUUCUCAAGAAGAAACUCAACGAUAAGAAAUGGGCUUGGGCAGAAGAACUCGUCGGUGUGUUGUGGGCAUACUUGAUCACAGUGAGAACCCCGAUGGGAGAGACUCCCUUCACUCUCUCACCUAUGAACAUGAGGCAAUGCCACCCAUCAAGGCUAGGAUCCCUACCUAUAUGGUGCAACACUUUGAGCAAAGCUCCAACAAUGAGCGACUAG